AUGCGAACAAGAGUUCCACACUCUGGCGGUGUAGCGUGCGAAGCAAAAAGAUGCGAUGUCACGCGACAGUCUUACAGAAAGGCAGUGACUUUCGUCUAUGCUCCAAUGCGCACGACAGUCUUACAGAAAGGCAGUGACUUUCGUCUAUGCUCCAAUGCGCACGUGCACCCAGCGGACCAGAAGCUUCCUCUUCGAGCGAAGUCUUCCACCAUUGUCAAACAGCGUAUCAAGGAACAGCCUCAUGCCCGGGCAAUGGAUAUUGUGGCUGAUGUCAUGUCGGACAUUACUAACGAUGAGCAGUUCCUGGCCCCGAAGCAGAAGCUGAUGAAGCGCACUGCCAACAAGUUUCGGGCGAAGCAUAGGCCAUCUGAACUGACAGACUUGAAUUUUGAUGUCGAUAUGGACUACCUGAAGUGUCACAACUUCUUGAUUGCUGAUCUUCGUGUUGACGAGCAACGACAUCUUGUGUUCGCUACGCAAUUCCAAUUGAAUCUGUUGCAGAACGCGACACGAUGGUUCAUGGACGGAACGUUCAAGGUACGAAGCGAAGGAACAUAAUUAUAUUAACUUCUUAAUAAAUGUUCUUUUAAGUAUUACAAUCGGUUAAUGCAUUAGAAAACAUAAGCAGAAAAUGCAUGUGUGUGUUUUGUUUUGCUUCAGGUAGUGAA